AUGCCAAUUUCAGAUUUGUUAAUCGACGCGGCAGCAAACCAUAAGAUCUUAUCCUUUAUGGAUGGACAUGUUGGUUAUAACCAGAUUUUCAUCACUGAGGCUGAUGUCCAUAAGACCGGUUUUCGUUACCUCAGAGCACUCGACACAUACAAAUGGGUCGUCAUGCCAUUCGGCCUCAAGAACACCGGUGCCACAUACCAACGGGCCAUGAAUACUAUAUUCCAUGAUUUGAUUGGUACCACCGUCGAAGUCAACAUUCACGAUGUUGUAAUCAAAUCAGAAUGUCGGCAAACAUAUCUGGAUGAUCUCCGCUAA